CUUCACUCCGGCGCCACACACUCAAACGGGCGCUGCGGGAAGCAGGGCGGAAUUACAGCGGCUUCCGGAUCCCCUGGAGUGGCCUGGGAGAAACUGAGAGUAGGAAGGAGGACAGAAAAGUUCCUGUUUUGUUUUUUAACAAACGGUUACUCUGAGGUUUUCGCCAAGUAGCUUCAGCCAUGUCACAAUCUGGAGAAAAAGGCAAGUUCCCUGAGGCAGCAGGGUAUGUAGGCUUCGCCAACCUCCCCAACCAGGUGCAUAGGAAGUCUGUAAAAAAGGGUUUUGAAUUUACGCUGAUGGUCGUAGGAGAGUCUGGACUGGGUAAAUCCACCCUGAUCAACAGCUUGUUCCUCACUGACCUCUACCCAGAGCGCUACAUACCUGGAGCAGCAGAAAAGAUCGAGCGGACAGUGCAGAUUGAGGCAUCAACAGUGGAGAUCGAGGAGAGAGGGGUUAAGCUCCGCCUUACUGUUGUGGACACACCAGGUUACGGAGAUGCCAUCAACAGUCAAGACUGCUUUAAAACCAUCAUCCAGUACAUUGACAAUCAGUUUGAGCGCUACCUGCAUGAUGAGAGUGGUCUAAACCGCAGACACAUCGUGGACAACAGAGUUCACUGCUGCUUCUACUUCAUAUCUCCAUUUGGACAUGGAUUGAAGCCACUGGAUGUGGAGUUCAUGAAAGCCAUCCACAGCAAAGUGAACAUUGUCCCCGUCAUCGCCAAAGCCGACACUCUGACUCUGCGAGAGCGGGACCGCCUCAAGCGGAGGAUCUUGGAUGAGAUCAGCGAGCAUGGCAUCCGCAUCUACCAGCUUCCUGACGCCGACUCAGAUGAAGACGAAGAGUUCAAAGAGCAGACUCGCGUCCUAAAGGCCAGUAUUCCAUUUGCAGUCAUUGGUUCUAACCAGCUGAUCGAGGUGAAGGGGAAGAAGAUUCGGGGAAGACUGUACCCCUGGGGUGUUGUGGAGGUGGAGAAUCCUGAACACAAUGACUUCCUGAAACUGCGCACCAUGCUGGUGACCCACAUGCAAGACCUACAGGAGGUGACUCAGGACCUACACUAUGAAAACUUCCGUUCAGAGAGACUGAAGAGAGCUGGCAGCAGAACAGUUGAAGAGGAGGUGCUUGACAAGGAUCAGAUCCUCUUGGAGAAAGAGGCCGAGCUGAGACGCAUGCAGCAGAUGAUUGCUCAGAUGCAGGCUCAAAUGAAGAUGAAGCCUGGAGACGACUGAGAAAAAAAGAUUGUCUGUGUGUCUGUCCAUCGUACUGUCUGAUGUACCGAUUGUAUGCACUCCUUCACAAGAUUUCUCUUAGUCUCUGUAGUCACUCCCUCUGUAUACUCUAUAUAACUGUGGGUUCUUUUUCGAUGCUGAUCUGUUACGGUUAAUAUAUUUAAUAGAAAUAUUAAUUGUAAAGUUUGUUUUGUCUGUCUGACAUUCAGUCAUUCAGUCACUUCACCCUCCCAGUCUGACCCUGCAGGUGAUGACUGAUCUGUCUGACUGACUGAUCCCCCUGUUUUACUCGGCAUGCUGAUAUUCUACACAUGCUGGGCUUCUUGUAUCAUGUUAAUAUCAGUCAGCUGUAGUGUGCAUGGGUCAUUUUUAUAUAUUGUAAGUAAUACACCAUGGUUUAUGAUUGUUCUCAUAGUUCUUUCAGAAGAAGUGGUAUACAUAUUAGUGUAUUGCUUUGGGCACAGUUUUUGCCACACUGCCUCACUUUGUUCAUUUUCUUAGCAGCUCAUGCUGUACCAGCCACCUCACUGGAUUGAAUCUCUGUUAUGUGACAGUAGUGUCUUUUAGACAGAUGGUGGCUAUCAGAAACUAUCUGAGGGCCACUGUGUACUCAAAUAAAUCAUUUAGUUCCAGUUUAUAGUCACAUCUUGAAAGAAUUUACAGUAUGAUUAAGAGUAAACAGACAUAUUAUCAGAUAUUCUUGUGUUUGUGUUAGUUUAUGUUCCUGUAGUGAAAUACAAUCAGGUGCUGAAGUAAUGCAUUCUAUAUAUAUAUAUAUGAGCGAAUAACUCGAAGAGCAGUAUAGAAAAAGAUGUGUUAACAACUAAAGAUCAAGUAAUAAAGAGUAGCCCAUAACAGCAAUGGAUCAAACAUGGCUUGGGCUUAAAAUAGCUGAUACCCAUUCCAAUAAAAGUGCCUAAAUCAGUCAUAAUCUGGGUACAGUGGGUUGAAGAGAGAGUACUUAGUUCUGAGGUAUAGUUUUGGGCCUAAAACCUAUUUUUGACAUACAUACAGGGUAGAAAGAUACAUGCAAGAUUGUAUAAGGUAAGCUCUACCCAAGAACUUAUUUACUUUUUAUAUUACUUAUCAUUUCAUCAUGCUCUUACACCUAGAGACAAUCAGUCAUAUUUUAAUGCAUGUUAUUGGACUAUGCAGCUGUUGGUCUGUAAUGUGCAGUUGUCACCAGUAGAGGGUAGUGGCCCCUCUUUAUUUGAAAUGAGAUAAUUUUUGUAAUGUGGUGCAUUUGCUCAGAUUUGUUGAAAUCCAGUCUUCCUUUGACCUGGGCUGCUUGUUUAAAGGGGAACUCCACCAAUAUUUCAGAAUUUCUGCAUAAUUAAACUCUUACAUUUAAUCAGGGUGAUUUUUAUACGGUAUUGAUAGGAAAAUUAAUUGUUUACAGACAAAGACCAGACAAAUGUUUUUUUUUUAGUUUAAUGCUACUGUAAGAGCUACCUCACUGAACAUUAUUACACAAAGUGGUUAUGAAUAUGUUGCCUGAGGCCUGAACAUUUUGUUGUGUGAGUUUCUAGCAGGGGUGUCCCAUUUCACUUUUUUGGCCAUAUCUUAAUAAUGACAUUUGGCCAGUUACAGUGAUAUCUUUGUAUUUGUGUAUGUGUAAAAAAUACAGACACAGAUUCAAAGAUAAGAUGUGCUGAUAAUUCAUAUAUCUGUAAAAUAUAAUGUGUCUCUUUGGGCUAAAUUAUAUAGUCAAGUUAACCUUCUUAUAAGUAACAAUUUAAUAGUGUAAUUAAUAUCUCAUAAUACAUUACAGGCUUAAUGAUCGCCCUAAUAAUUCAUCAGUAAUGUUUAUAUAUAUAUAUACACAUAUAUACCUUGAGGACAGCAGAGGGCGCUCUGCUAGAAUGAUUAAAAAAAGCAAAUGCUCAGACCUGGUUUGAGCUUAAAAUAGCUGAUAACUGGUGUAUUAAAAUAUGCUUGGAUCAGUCCAAAUUCCACAACACUACCUCAAAACCAAGUAUGUCCCAAUUUCCUAUUUCUUUUAAUCUGAAAUGUAUUUCAAAACUGUAGGAUGUCAAAUUGUACCCAGAAACGUAUUUUGCUUAUUUUUAUUUUAUCAAUUAUUGUAUUUUGUAUAAAAACUCAGAGGACAUAGAGGUUCAAUGUUGGGUUUGGAUUGCGAAUAAAGGGUUAUAUUUUCUUUGAAUAGUAAAAAAAUUCUAUUGCAACUUCUAUAAAGAAAUCCAAAUCGGUACUUUUUUCUGCAUUACUGUAUGUGAUAUCCGUCUUUACAACUUUCUUUACAUUUAUAUGACUGAAUUGUGCAGAAAUUUUAAAAGAAAUUGGUGGAAUUUGCCUUUUAAAUACAAUUUUUCUCGUUGGUUUGAAACCUAUAUUUUUUCAUUGACGCUGUCCAAGGGGAAAACUAAAAUGUUUCUCCAUUUUGGUCUGUAUUUGUUUACAACAUCAUUUGAACACAGCAGCUGUCCUUCACAAUGAGUGUGUAUUUUUACUUCCCUUGUAAAGUAGCCAUUUUGGAGUUGGUUUCUCUUUGGACAGUGACAUUGUGAAUUUUAAGUAUAUAUAUUUCCUAUGACCAUACGAAUAGAUAAUAAUUUUACCGGCUUGUAUGUGCAUACUUUAAGCAGACUAGAUGAAUCCCAGCUGCCAUGCUUUAAAAAAAAUAAAAUAACACUUAUCGAACGUGAUAUCGUACUGAGAGGUUUGUGUUAAAUGUAGUGUGUUUUAAAUAAAACUGCCAGUUAGCUAUAACACACUCAAUUUUUAAAGCCGUUUGGCGUGCCUUAAACAUUUUACACAAAGGAACACUAGUCUCUGUACACAGUCUAAACUUUCAUUACUUUAUAUUAGACAUGGAGUUUUCUGCUCUUUUUAUUUUCUAUCAUAUCUUUGCUUUCUUCUAGUUGCUUAAUAUUCUACUGUAAAUUGUAGAAUCAUCUGUGUCUAGCAGUGCCUAAUUUAAAUCGGUUUACUUAUAUUUGGCAACAUAUAUUUGUUUCUUUUUUUUAUUUACUUGUUCAUUUCCACUGACUUGAGAAAAUAAAUAUUAAGGUAUCGAAAGUCAGAGCAAGUAUGUAUGUAGAGGUGGGAAUCUACUGCUGCCCGCACGUCCAUGUUUGUCCUGUUGAUGCAUAUUCUCCCAUUCUUCAUCACUGAACUCAUUAGGCUUUUCUAAACAAGCUGAUUUUGUUGUUCUGCAAAUUUUGUUGUGGUCAAGCCUCGUUAUUUUGGUUGGCCAUCUCCUGUUUUUGAAUUAACUUAAUUUUUCUUGUUGCAUGUCCACGGUACAGUUAGAGCUCACUUCCAUGUUUUAAAAUGCUCACUUUUGUACUUAUUUUAAAUAAUAAAUCCUAAAACAUU